AUGAAUACUCCGGCUGCCCAUUGGGUGUUGGAGCAGCGGUACGGCGGUAUAAAUGAACCUUACGCCAUGAGGACCCCACUGGGCUGGGUAUGUAUGGGGCCAGCCAAGGAAACCAACUCCCUGGAGGCCAAUGUUGAUCACCUGCUUGUAGAAGAUUCACUGUUUAAUCGUUUGGAUGCCAUGUGGGCCUUGGAAUUUGAUGAACCGAAUCCCCUCGCUAGACCUGUUUCGAUGGAAGACAAGGAAGCCAUAAGCCUGCUCGAAGCAGAUUGUCUACUGAUAGGAGGCCACAUCGAACUGCCGCUGCCUUGGCGAAAGGGCUCUCCAUGCCUAUGA